ACGAAUGCAGUUUUGUUCCGCGUUUCCUGUGUUGUGCUACUUGUGCCAACGUUUUUGGUUAUCGUUGCUAUGUAUGCUGCAUACAGUUUUCUAAUGUGUGUGAGUGAUAUGUGGUGGUUCAAAGAUGGAUAUAGUUCAGCAUUCUUGUUCCUGAAUAUGUUGGUUGGCCAUUAGUGCCGUUGGCGACGUCUGGCGUCUCGGUAUGCCAGUGGAGCAGGUCACUUCAGGGGCCCGCAGGUCGAGAGGGCUCUCCGAUAUUGCACCCCAGUAUGUAGCCAAGAGUGGACUUUGUACAGCGACAGAGAUGGAGUCUUCACGUGGUGGCAGUAUCCGCAUUCAGCGACUAACAGCUCCGGCCUCUUCAAGUUCCCCUGCAGAUGGCAGAUCACGUUUUCCAAAACUAGACGAGUGUGCUCACUUCCACUAUGAACAAGUUGAACUGGGACCAUUUCAGGUUUGUCUGUAUGACGAGGAACUCAAGCCGCUGGCAUGCGAGGACUCCGAAAACAAGUGGUGGCAUGUAGCCGUGACCUCACAAGGUAAAACUUGGGUGCUGAGGAGGUCAUACGAGAACUUUUGUAUGCUAGAUCAACAGCUGCAUCGCUGCAUAUAUGAUCGCAAGUUCUCGGGACUUCAGGAGCUUCCGCCGGAAGACAAUAUACCAGGAGACAAACAAGAGGAAAGUGUACGUUCGCUGCUGACUGAAUAUCUGAGUCGCUUCUCUCAGAUAGCUGGAAACUUAAUCAACUGUGGUCCAGUGCUGAACUGGCUGGAGUUGGACAAUCGAGGGCGCCGGCUCCUUGUUCCGGAUGGUGACAACUGUCCCAUAAAUACUCCUGCUGUCGCCGCGGCGUAUUCAGUGAAGCGAUACACGGCUCAGGCGGGAGAUGAGAUUUCGUUUGAAGUAGGUGACAUGAUUUCCGUGAUUGACAUGCCGCCCCCAGAAGAAUCUGUGUGGUGGCGUGGCAAACGAGGCUUCCAGGUCGGUUUCUUCCCUUGUGAAUGUGUGGCAGUUAUUGGAGACAAAGUGCCCCGCAAUCUGCAGCUUCCAGCCCACCUGGCCCAACAGCCUACACCCGAACAGCCUAGCAAACCUGUGUUGAGGAAGCACGGCAAGCUCAUCGCUUUCUUCCGCUCCUUCAUCCUGUCUCGUCCUUCGAGAAGGCGACUCAAGCAAUCGGGAAUACUGAAGGAGAGAGUUUUCGGCUGUGACCUUGGCGAACAUUUACUCAACUCCGGUCAUGAAAUUCCAAUGGUUUUGAAGUGCUGUGCUGAGUUCAUAGAAAGCCAUGGUAUUGUGGAUGGCAUCUAUCGGCUCUCCGGUGUUACAUCAAAUAUCCAGAAACUCAGAAAUGCAUUUGAUGAAGAUCGGGUACCUGCGCUGUACGAGGAUGAGGCCAUUCUUCAGGACAUCCACUCGGUUGCAUCGCUGCUCAAGAUGUAUUUCCGUGAGCUUCCAAACCCUCUGUGUACGUACCAGCUCUACCACACGUUUGUAAACGCUGUUCAGUCAAGUCAGGAAGAGGGCUACAGACUCCUUCGCAUGAGAGACGCUGUGCAGAAACUUCCACCACCCCAUUACAGAACUCUGGAAUAUUUGAUGCGGCACUUGGCCCGGGUAGCAGAACGUGGACACAUGACGGGCAUGACCCCUCGUAAUGUGGCCAUUGUGUGGGCUCCAAAUCUUCUGCGCUGUAAGGAGCUUGAAGUGGGUGGAGUGGCUGCCUUGCAGGGUGUUGGAGUUCAGGCUGUUGUCACAGAGUUUCUUGUCUGUUACACUGACCUCAUCUUCUGUGAUGGUCUUCCGCCAAUAAGCACCCUGCCUCAUCCUCAAGUGACUCCAAAGCGCAGCCGACCUAAAUCUCUUGCCAUCUCCACACCCACCAAAUUGUUGUCCCUUGAAGAAGCCCGCACACGAGCUUUAUUGUCAUCAGGCAAAGCAGAACAGGAGUACAUUGAAGUUGGUGGUGGACCGGCAAACCUUCCAGCCAAGUACCAUACAGUUAUCGAGCUUCCGGGUUCUGGCCGGAAACGCAGUGGAAGCUCAAGUAAAAGAUCUCCAUUGGGCUGGAAGUCUUUCUUUAGCAAAUCUGGACGUAAGAGCUCGGGACCACAGCAACUUAAAGCUUCAACACCAUCGGAGUUGGGUCUCAAUCAGGAGAAAGCCGUAACUGAAAAUGAGCUGGCUCAGGGACGGCGGAGACUGCGUCCUGUGAAGAGCGCCGAAUCCCUUGCAUCUGGAGCUAACUCGUGUCGAAACUCCGCUGCUUUGGACCUUGAGUCGCAACCCAGUACCGAGCAGAACUCGGACCCCGACACCUUGUCACCGGAGCCAGCUAGCAAUAAAUCGAGUGGACACAGUCGCUCUGUAUCACAUGACUCGUACUUUGAUCACCUGGCAGAAACACCAGUCCACGCCAGUUCUGUAGUGAGGCCAUCCAAAUUGCCAGAAGAGGAUGCUGAAGGCCACUUCUCCUCAUCUCUGGAUCUCAGUGAGAUUCAUCUGAACUUUGACUUGGAAGAAUCAGAGAUGCAAAUAUUUUCAGAGGAUGAAACACUGGUAUCUGCAUCAGCGGGAAGUGGCAGCGUCAUGUCGCAGGCAUCACCUCGCAUGGGUGCUGCAGUCAGGGUCCGACAACAGAUGGUGUACAGCAAGCGGGUAUCAGUGCCUCGUGCAAGGCCCGAGGACCCACUGAGUGGUUGCCCCAGUGCUGACCCAUCGCCAAAGAAACAAAAGACAUGUGGAGCUCCUAUCUCACCUCAGGGCUCCAGUCGUUCUAAGCGAUCGAGACUGGAGGAGCGACUAGCAUGUUCGACAGCAGAGCUGCGCUACAUUGACAGCCAGAGUCCUGAGAAUCAGCAGUUGUUGGUGCAAGCCGAAGUUCAUCCGCAUUAUCAGUAUGUAAAUGUUCCUGAUCUGAAGUCUCCCAGUGUGACCUCCCCAGCUGCAGCUGACAGUCCUCCAAACACCAUCACCACAGCCAGUGCUCAUACAAACAAUACGAGUCCAUCACUGGCAGAAGCGACGGUGUCCGAUAACGAAAGCUUCACGCUGCACAGCUCUGGAUUGCCGACUCCUGACACACCGCUGCUCCUGUACAAACCACUCCUGGAUGAAGAAACUUGUAGCAACAGCAGUACCACCAACACGCCAGAUUAUGAUCCAAAACUUACACCUAGUCCUGCCACACCUGGCAGCACGAAGUAUCAUCGGCUAGGUGCACCCAGUCUCUCCCCUUCGCCCACCCCAACCCCACGACUAACACCAAAUUUAGAUGGUGAGAACAGUUAUGAAAAUAUGCUUACACAGGCAGCAAAGUGUGGUGGGGUGAGGUAUGAGAAUGUGCUGGGAUCAGUUACGAAUGUGGACAUGUCAGACGUUAACGACCGUUCUAACGGAAUGGCAGUUCAUGAUUCUAAAUAUGUCAAUAUGAUUGGUCCUGUGCACACAGAAGAAAAUAAAUUAGUAGAAAAUACUAGUCCAUUAGUAGCUGAAUCUCAGGCUACGGUUAGGUAUGAAAAUGUCCCAUCCAGGAGGAAGGACCGUGAUGUUUAUGAAUCCAUAGCAGAUGAUGGUCAGAGGCUACCGCAUGAUGUUGCACCUGAACCUGCAAAUACCGCACGUUAUGAGGAAGACUGCAAUGGUUUGCAGUUGUCUCCAGAUUGCAAGAGGCAGCAGGUGUACCAAAAUGUGCCGAACAGCAGUUGUGAUGAGGAGCAUCUGUACGAGGAUGUUCAGUUGAAUCCUGUUACUUCCAUUUCUUCCGGAAAGAGUUUAGGGAAUGCAGAUGAAGUCAAAUUCAGAGAUGAUGGAGAAGUUUACCAGCAAGUGAGAUAUUUCAGGCGGUCAAUCCACGAAGUAAACCAACUUUUGGAAGAAUCAGGGUUUGAUGUGAUGGACCCAGUUGAUAAAACAUAUGAGUCAUUAAGAAGGACUUGUGACUUAGAAGUGGUUAAUGCAGAAGAGACGGGAGUAACUCAGGAGUUUGUGGAGAGUCAAGAUGUAAUCAGAGGUUGUGAGAUGCCACAAGAGUGUUCAGUGCCGUUUGUAGAGGCGUGUGGUGAGGGACUAUCAACAGGGUAUUGUGAGCAAAAAGAGCCUCGUCAUGUUGGGCAACAUUACAGUUGUGCGGAUGGCGUCAUGAAAUCUGACAGUGGUGCAGACUGUGUCCCUGAGAUUCAUAGUUGUGAUUCAGUGACAGGGAUUGGUUCACAGGGCACUGAGUGCAUCGCUGUUGAGAACGAUCAGGAGGCAAGCAAGUUUUGUGGUUCUGUGGUAGAAGGACGUGUGGUUGUGCGAAUAAAGACUCCUGAAAAUCGAACUACAACCGACAGGAAUGAGUCUGCAGAUAGUCCAGUGUGUGCUCCUACAGAAUCUCCACAGUUGUCUCCGGAGCAUCGGAGGUUGGGUAACUCGGAUCCAAACGCAAACAGGCGGAGAUUUGAAUCUGAAAUUGGCCGUGAUAUUCUUCGGGAGAGGCGGAUGAGGCAGGAACUUGAGGAAAUGCGUAUCGCAAACCAAGGGAGUGAUCGGGUCUCCCAGCAGUCAUUGAAACAGAACAUGAAGCGUAAUGUUAGAGAACUCCUUCUUGAUGACCAUUCCUUCUGUUCCACAAAAGUUCAUACGCAGUUCAGUUUCCCUAGCCAAGAAACCACAGAAAACUUGGGCAUGAAUUUCAGCUCCGUUACUUCACCAUUAAAUCAAAAGCUGGACUCUCAUUCCAUCACUGUUUCAGAUACUUCCUUGGAUACCAAACCCAAUCAAACCUUCAUCUCCGUGAGUCCAAAUAUGUCUCGAAAAGAGUCUGGUUUCACAUCAGUUACUCCUAAACUGUCACGUCGUUCAGAUCCCAGUUCACAUGGCAAUUCAUCCACAGCAUUACCACCGUGUGUUCGAGCAAGGCUUGCAAAGGCGGCGAGGAACAAGCUUGCUAAUUCAACUGCCUUGAGUGUGUCAUUAGAUGAAGGCCAAUUUCUUAGUUCCAGUAGUGAAGACCCUGGCCAGUUAGUGCGUGUACAAACUUCACCAGAUAUCAAUGAUACAGGGGAGCAUGGAGAUCUCUUGGGGAAGAAUGAUGGUGAGAAACAUAAGAGUGCUUCUGAAAUGGCUGGUGUUACAAUGGAGAAACCAAUUUCUAUUGCAGCCAUAGGCCUUGAUGAUCCGCAGAGAAGAGAACGGAUAGAACGCUACAAGGAGGAGAGGCGGUUGUUCCUUAGGGAGAAAUAUCGUUCGGAGAGUUUUCGUGGCGAACGAGAUGAGAUCUUACAGCGGUUAAAACAGAAGGCGGGAAAAACUGUGUCAAGUCCAACAGAUGAGUCUACAGACAUGUCCCAUUCCUCCAUUUCUGGAAGUGAUCGAGUGCGUAGCAAUAGUUUUCGGUGUACAGGAGAUGAAAGAGAGAGAGAAAUUAUGACGCAGUCUCAUCAAGGUACUGAACUGCUCUCUGGAACCCUGGAAAAAACCAAAGAAAGGAGGUUUGCAAGGAGAAGUGUAAGCCCGAAAGACACUGACUGUGAACUUUCAGGUAAACUUAGUUAUGAUAAUACAUCAAGCCUUGAACAGCUGGACAGGCAAUCAAAACUUGGUAGUGUGGAGGUUGAAAAUGUACAUCACCGUCGUUCAUCUACAAGCGAUAAACAAAGAUUCAAUGGUUCCUCUACAAUUCCUGAAAAGUCGCCUAUUACCUGUGUCACUGUGAGACAAAGACUUGGUUCAGAUCGCAUGAUAGUCUGCAUGGGACCAACUUCAAAUCCUGUUAUUAAUGAUGCAGACAGACCAAUUUGUAGGUCAGUAUGUCAAAACCAGUCGCAGGAUCACUGUAAACCGUACGUCAUGAGAGGUCCUAAAGAGAAUGCAAUGGAAACAAAGCGACAGUUCUCAAAUACUGAGACAGAACAAGAAGUUGAACAACAUGUCUCAUUAAGAACAGCAGCUGUCAGUGAAAGGUUAGCGUUGUCAGCUGAUAAGCAUGUGAUGCGAAAGAGAAGUACUGGCAAAUUUGAAGGCUCUCAGGAGAAUCCUGCUGUGGAGAUACGGUUGUCUUCAGGAGGGAAGUUUGGAGAUGCUGACAGGCGUCCUGCCUCCAUUCCGGCGCGUUCACCAGAGGAUAGGGUUAAUAAUGACGGUCGAAGGAGGAGAUCGUCGGCAGAUUGCCAUGGUCACCAGACUUCACCUUCGUUUUGUAUCAGAGAUAUGGCAGCAUUUUUUGAGAACCGCACAGAUUCCCCGAGUCAGGCUGCACCCCGACCUGCUCCUGCGGGGAAACAGUAUUUGUCCUCUGUCUAGAUGGUGUUGCCUACUGGAGACAAGAGGAGAUGUGCCUGUGAUAAACAUUUUUGUGUAUGAUGGAAACAUCAGGUUUGUAAUAUAUUUACAUGCUUUCAAGAUUCAUAGCCGUUGUUUGAGAGCCAUCAAAGACUUACAUGAGAUGUCUUUGAAAUGCCAGGGAAAUUGACUGUGACAAAUAGUUCAGUAUAUAUGAUGUCUUCUGCUUUACGUUGCAGUAUGCAACCUCUGUGGCCACAUAUGACUUGGUAAGAAUCAAGGGUGCUUUUAAAAUACAAAAAUUUUGCUUCGUGUGCUUGGCACAUUAUAUUAACAUUAUGUCGGAAAACGCAGAAGGAUGGCCGUGUUUGAGCAAGUGCUGUGAGUGGCGUCAGCUUGCCAUGUUAGCAGUGAGUACCCUCAUUAUAAUAUGAUGAUGCAUUGUGAGUUGCUUUGCUCACACGAAUUUCUAAAUGUUUGCUACGUGCUACCUGCAUUUGGUAUUACUGUGUGCUUUUCUAACUGAAACAUUAUACAUCAUGGUUUUUAUUUCUAAUUGGCUUGAAUGUUCUAAACUUACGGAGGAGCUACAUGUAGUUUCGAGUAUAUUGUUACAAACCCCAUUUCUGAUAUUCAUAUUUCUUAAAAGAGGUUUUCAUAAAGCUGACUUGCCAUACCCCUUUUCUUUCACAUCCGUAAUCUUUGUAUCUUGUUUUCAAAAUGACGUGGUGUUGUUUAUCAAGUGUCGUGGAGUGCCAACAUUUCUGUGAUGCACUUGUGAAGGUGGUGAUAAAAAUUGGACUUUUACGUGUUAAUUUGUUUUAAUCUAUUUUUCCACCAUAACCAUCGUACUCAGAGACAACUUGUUGCACAUCAGAAAGAUGAAUUUUCCUCGAUGGUGUUCCCCAUAUACUCGCUCGCCUUUCUUUUGAAGAGACUUGUAUGUAAUAUUUGCUGUACGUUGGAUUACCAUGACAGUGAUUUCUGAUGAAUUGAUUCAGUUUUCAUUUAUUCAUACUGCAGUAUAAUAACAUUUACAUCACAUUUUGACAAUGUCAUUUACAUAUUCGUAGGGACAAUAAUAAUUUAUAAUGAUAUUAUAAUGUAAUCACUGAUUUUCUGCUGAUGAAUGCAAUCUUACCACUUGUGAAUCUCCUAAAUCUUGAUUGUGGCUGCUAAUACAAACAUUCCACAUGAAGGAAACUUUCUUUUAAUUCUGUUCAGUUUUCUGUUGAAUUUUAUUUUCCAAGUACACUUUUAAUUUAAUGUUGAUGUACAUACAUAUUUUUAAGGUAUUAAAUAUGCUAAUGAAUUGGUAACAUCUUAAUUGGGUGGCUGUGUCCAUCCUGGCAGUAACAAAUGGGACAACAGUACUUCAGAAUUAACCUAAAACAUGAGGCCUAUACAGGAAAGCAUAUUCUUUAAAAAGUGUGAUGUGUUAAUUUUGAUAAUUGUAUGCAGUUUUUCAUACUUGAUACAUAGAUGUUUAAAUAAAAUUAUCAUGCAUUAAAUUAUACUUGCUUCAAACUCAAGAAAGAGAAGCUUUCAGCUUAUAAUUUUUAAAUAUAAUUCUUUUUGUUAAAAUUAAAUUCAGAAGUUUAGAAUUUUAUAUUGUAUUCCCCAGUCACUGUUCAUUAGGUUUAAGGUUUAUGUAACCCUUGGAGUACUGUCACUCUUGCAGCUGCACUAAUAUUAUGAUGCUCAAAUGUUUUCUUUGUUAGUGCAGUUACAUAAUAUUACUGCUUCAGUUGAACAGUUGCUGUUCUUGUGUGUCAGAAAUACCGGGCCUAAGUGAUAAACAAUUUGGCUUCCAGUUAUUGUCUUCAUUGCAGCGUUAUGCUUGUGUCCCAUUUGUUUUACCGCAGUAGUUGAACUGUAAUAAUAACUAAGUCAUUUUUUGGAAUUUUAUUUUAAAUCUUGUAUCCAUUUUGAUAACAACACACAUUGUACAUACAUGUUAAAAUGUUUACUUUUUUGUUUUAGCUUCUGUGCCUUUAUAACAAAGAUCUAAAAUAAAAUGUAUUUCAGACAUAAUGUAAGUUCCAGUGAAGAAUAAGAAUAUAUUACACAUGAAUCUUUCAGUAACUACCCAUGUACAACUUCGCAUAAUGUAGAAUCUUUUUCGAGUCUUUCAAGAAAUGUGCACUGUCGGAUCUGAAAAGAAGCAGAUGUCAGCUGAGAA